AUGAUUACUUCUUCCUCGAGCUCAACUUCUUUUAAGCCGAGCCCUAUAACUGCAAUUCCUAGCCAUAAAGCAGCAUGGGACAGUGUGCAGGACUCGUUCAUGAGGGCGGAACCUAGGGGUGUUGGACCCCAAGGCUUCAAACAGUGGCAUAAUGGCCCAACGGAAAAGCACCUGGAGUCUGCGACCCAUUGCAAAAUUUGCUUUGAUUCCGAGCAUAACUUGUCAUGGAUUGAUCAACUAGUGGCUAGAGGUGACUCAGCCCUGAAAAACGUCCUGGCAAUUAUCGAAAAAUGCGACGAACCUCGAUUGGAGUUCUUUUAUAGAGCUGCUUUCCGAAGAUUGGACACGAAUGCAUCAUCAAAUACCUUGGGUCUAUGGAAGAAGGCUAUGAACUCAGAAGUCUGGUUGAGAAUCAUAAACACGUAUUGGAAGGAGUCUCCAUGUCACGGUUUGUGUCCAAGACUCAUCAUUUCUUUUCUAGGCUGA